CUCAACGGUGGUGUCGACGUGGUGGGUUGGUGAAAGAAAGCAUGCCUCGUAUUUUGUUCGUGAGUGGUUUCCAUCCCGCUACGCGUGCGCGCGACCUUGCAUACGAGUUUGAGCGCUAUGGGCCACUCAUUCGAUGCGACGUCCCUGCCCCGCGCAACCCCCGUGCCAACUCCAAUCCUUACGCCUUUGUCGAAUUCAGAAGCUCGCGUGAUGCCGAAGAUGCCUACUACGACAUGCACGGAAGGAGCUUUGAAGGGGCGCGCCUGAGCCUCCAGUGGGCCAAGAAUCCUCCGUCUUCCGUUUGGCGUUACGACAGGAGGUCCCCUCCCGCGCGCCGUGACCGGGAACGUUCUCGGAGCCCCCGCCGUCGUGACGACAGGGACAGAGACCGUGACCGUGACAGGGAGCGCGACCGUGACCGGGAGCCCGAUGACAGGGAUAGGAGGCGGCGCAGCCGGUCGCCAGACCGUCGCAGGAGCCCGACUCCAGACAACAGGAGAGAUGACAGGGCGCGGACUCCGCCUCCGGUGGAUGAACCCAUGAAGGGUGACGACAAGGCUCAGACACCUCCGUAUGAUCACUGAACUGUCUUUUUCCUCUCGAUGUUCGAAGGGUAACUGCUCGCUCGUGGGGCAUACCUGUUUCUGUCUUCGUUCCGAAUGUUUCUAGCAUGGUGUAUGUAGCGGACAGUCACCACAAAAAUUCAUGAUUAUCAUCGCUUAAUAUUUAUGCCACGUCGAUGAAUUGUAUGUACUCAGAACUGCAGCCUUCUAUACUUUGGGUUGACCAUUGGGUGGGUA